UGGUGUAUAGUUGUAGAGGAACUCCUCAGAAUAUAAUCUCUUAAAACGAUCGGGGGGAAAAAAACCAAACCUGCUUAGUUAAUGACUUCUAAACCUUUAUGCAAUGGAGUUGUGCAAGAUAUGUUUUGGAAUUAGCGCACACAGCACUCACUUAAGUUUAAUAUAUCGGAAAAGUUAGAGGGAAUUCACUUGGCUGUUAGACUUGCAGACAGUAGAGAUACCAAGAGGUCAUUUAGUCCAUUUUUCUUCUUCAAGGCCGGAUCACCUAAACCAAACAUGACAGGAGUUUAAUCAAUCCAUUCUGAAUUACUACUAUUUCUGCAACUCUCCUCGUGUCUCCAGUGGUCUAUUUCAGUGCUUAAUUAAUGCAGAUUUUAAGAACUGACGUUCACUGCUUCCAUUUCACUCGUACUGAGAGUAAUUUUGUUUUGGCUUCAGCUGUAAUAGCAAAGUAAUCAUAAUAGUAAAUAUAGCUGUUGCUAAUUAAGUACAUCUGUUAACCUUUAAUCUGUAGGAUGGUUAUCUAUAGACUAUAUUUCUUCCUGUCAUCUGCAUGUAUGAUAGCUGUCCUCUUCCUAGCUAUAAAAUGAGACUAGUGUAGUAGUAAUGCUUUCUACCUGCAAUGCUUGCUAGAAAAAAUACUUUUCUGCUUUGGAAAGCUAUGAAUACGUUAUACCAAUGCUAUCAAGUAAACGAAAUAUGUAAGAUGAGUGAUGUUUAUGUUCACUUCAAAGCUCUUCAUUAAUGAAGGUUUUAUAAUGUGUCUAGUUUAAAUGCAAUCCACAUCUGUGUGACUUGAAGCCAAGAUGAGAGAGGUGAAACCUUAAGGUGUUGGAAGAUGCUGAUGACUCAAAUGCGUUGAACUGAACUCUUCUGCUGAGAAAAAGCUAUCGAGUAAAAUGUACCAUGUCACAGUUCCCUGGAAAGUAAUGAUUAACUCUUCAGAGGACAUACUCAGUGAAAUUGUUCUACUGAGGCAGAAGUGAUAUUUAAAAAUAAAACAAAGGAGAGUAAAAGGAGGAAAAACCUUCGUAUUCUACCAGUGUCAAAAAGCCUUUCUGGAAGAGGCUGGAAACGUUUAAGCACAGGACACAAGCAUUAACUUUGAUUCCUGUCACUGAGCUGCUAACUUCUGCUGCUUAUUUAGAGCUGCACGCUUAUUUUUAAACAAUUUGUCGUGUUGAUGGAAAAUAAGAUAAAUUAAUGCAGGUGAAAAGGAAGUGCGAUCGUUCGUGCUUCAUAACAUCUCACAAACAUCCCGUUUGUCAAAUAGAGGAGAAGAGCAGGAUGGAAAAGAUGUUUUUCAACUAAGUGAAGAUAUGCUUUUAAGUAAAUAUAUAGGUUGCAGAACUUUGUUUUUUUGUACACAAAUUAUUCCCUGUGGUGUGGCUUGCUAAUGAUCCAAAUGCCACAAAAUAGUAAGUAGAUACCCAUCAGACCUGCCAGAAUCUACCACCAACUGCACAACCAGGCCCUAAGUGAAGGUUCCAGAGAAAGUAUGUGUAGAAACAUGACUGAUGUCUCGUCUAGCUCUCCUGUUAACAAAAUAAAUAAACCUUGGAGGGAAUGCUUUUUUGCUGAUGGUUGGUUUAGAGCUCAGGUUUUAUGCAUCAAGGGGUAAUGGGGGCAGAGGGAAGGAGUGUUGUAUUUGUAAACUGGCUAGAUGUGCUUGGGAAGGUGUUGACAAACUGCGUAAAUGCUAAAGCAAAAUGAUUUGAAGAGGGUGUUUUUGUUUGUUUUUCCUAGCACUUUUCCAUAGGGAGGGGCUUUUAAGAAGUUCUGUUACUCUGUCUUUGAACAAAGUUCACUAUGCUUUGGAAAGAGUUGAUAUGGGGAACAGUCAGACUGGGGAAAAAUAUACCAGCAAAGUCUGUAUGACUUAAGUCAAAAUCUACGUUGUCUUUUUUAACGCGCAUACAGGAGUGAACUGCACUUCUCAAAUUGGAGUGAGAAGCUGUCACUUACCUGGAGCGAGCUGCUCUGGGCUGCCCUUAGAUUGUUUAUAUAAAGGCUGAAUGAAGCAGGUACUUUAGCCUUUCACAAUUUGCAGUCAUAAGGGGGUAGGGUGAGUGGCCACUAGAGGACACUGUGCUCCCAACCAAGGGUUGUGUCUGCAGAGGGAGGCUGGAGGAGCUCCGACAAACCUGCACUGGCACCACUUUGAAAGUUAGGCAAACAGACGAAAGAUUGCUUGAGGGUAAGAAAACCUGCUGUAUAAUGUGACCUUUUUCUGGCUAGAAAAAAAUUACUUUUACCAUCUAUGACGUGACUGCUACUCAAGAAUUUGUAAGUGAUUGGGUGCAAGACAUCAAUUACUGUAUAAUGUUCAUUUGCCCAAUGUCUUAUGUGUCACCAAAAUCUAAAUACCUGGCAGAUUUCUCGGUGAGGAUGAGGAGAGAGAGAGAGAGAGAUAAAUGUUAUUAAUAUAUUCUGGAAUGUAUUAUCUAAGUUUGAUUUACAAGGUUAUUAAGACUGGGGCACUGGCAAGAAUAACCACUUAGAAGGCAAAAAAGCUCCAACCCUCUCCUCCCAAUACUUAAAUAACAAGCUGAGGGGAAAGAGAACAAAAUCAAGAAAAUAUAGGAUGAAAGGUAAACGUUCCAGUAAUUCAUUCUGGUGUUUGUAGGAAUGUAGCAUUCAAAGCAACCGGCUGUUGAGAAAAUAUCUUAUGACUGGAACUCCUCAACUUAUUUCCUAGUGUCUCUGUAUUUUGGAGGUUUAAAUGUUACUCUGGCUAAUUGCUAUUUUGUCACAGGAAUUGUGCCUUACAGUUUACAAUAUAGAGCAGACUGCAGAUUUGGAGGAAACUUUGGGUUGAUUCUCCAGGUAGCGUGGAAUGUUGCCAUGUCUGGAAUUCCAGAAGUAGCCAUAUAUCCUAAUGAGCCUUGAUAUUUUAUGCGUGUGCUAAAACCACACAUUUAUGAUCUUGUCUAGUGAUAACUAAAAACUUUGAGACAAGUUAUUUCACUGAAAGCUUCUUUAUCAUUAUAAAAGACAAUUAAUUCAGUUGGAAACAUGUCUUCCCUUUUGCAUCUCAAUUUUUUGUUGCCCACUGAAAGAUAGAGGUUGAGGUCUGCAUUUCCUAUGUGAAUUGCUGCAUUUCAAACUCAGUUCCAUUGUUUUCCUCCUUUACCUCUCAACUGCUUUUAAUUUUUCUAAAAACUAAAUUGUUUUUAAACGUGACAGCCUUGUUUAAAGAAAAAAAAUUGUAUUAGUUGGAAUGUCCUUGAAAUGAAUUAACUUCUACUCUGUUUGCAUUCUGCCAAUGCCUACAAUCAGUUUUUGUCUUAUUUAUCUGCAGGUUGUUUAUCUCUGUUUAGCCAUCUCCCUUUAAAAAUCACUUAUCUGUUGCACUCGGAGUUUCCAUCUAUGGUUGGAAACUUAUUUUGCCAGAUGUUAGGCAUGCACAUAAUAAGAGGCAAUCUCUAUCCUAGAAGUCAUGCUGUCUGAUAUGUUUGACAGAGGCUUUUAGAUGGGAUGCUAUUCUUAGUGUGCAAGGAGUGUGCUAGGGUAAAAAUAUUGGCUUCCCAAAAUUGUCCACAAUUUGUACCCAGACGUUCUGAGUUCCAGCACAGCACUGUAGGCACGGGUACGUUUUGUAUGCUUUUAGAUAAAUGUGCCCAAGGAGAAGGUAAAGAGUUAAUUUGCUGCUCAUAGUAAGAGAUGAGACAAGAAUAAGUCAGAAUUAAGCAUUUGUACUUAAACACCACAACUAAAGGAGGUAGGGAGCAGUCUGAUCUUCAGUGAUGUACAUAAUGGCAGAGAGGGUGGGUGGCUGGACUGUCAAAGUGCCUUAAUUUAAUUGCAAACACAUGCUGAUGAGUCCCCUCCUCCUGGACCUCAGGGCUGGGAAACUUUUUUUGUGUGUCAGCUCCCUGCAGUUCAGAACUGAGGAAAAUACACUCCAGCAAACACCAUGCUCAUCAAAGCUUCAGCUCUUCUAGGCUUUUUGUGUUUUUUCCUCUUGCCUAGUUUCUCCUGCUCCUGUCCUAGUCGCUGCUUGUGCUUCAGGACUACAGUAAGAUGCAUGCAUCUGAUGUUGGAAACAAUCCCUGAUAUCCCACCCCAGACAAACAUAUUAGAUUUACGUUUCAACCACAUCAAGGAGAUCAAGCCUGGAGCCUUCAGGAAACUGAAGAACCUUAACACGCUGCUGCUGAACAAUAAUUUGAUAAAACAAAUUGUGAGAAGAUCCUUUGAAGAUCUGGAGAACUUGAAAUACCUCUACCUUUACAAAAAUGAAAUCCAGAGUAUCCAGCAACACGCCUUCCAUGGGCUUCGUUCUCUGGAACAACUUUACCUGCAUUUCAACAGUCUGGAAACCCUGGAGCCAGAGACUUUUAGCGACCUGUCUAAACUUGAAAGGCUAUUCUUGCACAACAACAAAAUUUCUAGGAUUCAUCCAGGGACGUUCUCUCAACUGGAAUCCCUCAAACGGCUGCGACUGGAUUCCAAUGCCCUGCUUUGCGAUUGCGACUUGAUGUGGCUGGCUGAACUACUGAGGUCAUACGCAGAGCAAGGCAGUAUCCAGACAGCUGCCACCUGCGAGGCUCCUAGGGAGCUGCAUGGGCGCUCCAUCGUUACCCUAACCGCUCAAGAGUUUAACUGUGAGAGCCCUCGUAUAACCUUAGAGCCCCGCGAUGUCGACGUCCACUUGGGAAACACUGUUUAUUUCACCUGCAGGGCAGAAGGCAACCCAAAGCCUGUGAUUAUAUGGCUGCACAACAAUAACGAGAUUGACAUGAAAGAUGACAACCGUCUUAACCUGUUGCAAGAUGGAACCCUGAUGAUCCAGAACACCAAGGAGUCGGACAAGGGCAUCUACCAGUGCAUGGCCAAGAACAUAGCUGGGGAGGUCAAGACGCAGGAAGUCGUUCUGCGCUAUUUUGGCACCCCGUCCAAGCCCACUUUUGUGAUCCAGCCGCAGAACACUGAAGUGCUGGUUGGGGAAAGCGUCACCUUGGAGUGUGGGGUCUCUGGGCACCCCCACCCUCGCAUCAGCUGGACACUUGGCACAGGCUCUCCUUUACCACAGGAUUCCCGUUUCGCUAUCACCAGCUCAGGAGGGCUCUACAUUCAGAACGUCACCUUCUCGGACCAGGGGCAGUACAACUGCAAUGCCAGCAACACUGAGGGAUCCAUCCAGGCUACAGCAAAGAUCAUAGUGCAAGAUUCUCCCAGCUUUCUCCUCAUCCCCACCGAUCAGACAGUAACAGAGGGGCAAAGCGUGGAUUUCCCGUGCUCUGCUGAGGGUCAUCCUCCGCCUGUUAUUGCCUGGACAAGGGCAGGUGGGCCUUUGCCAAAUGACCGGAGACAUAGCAUCCUCUCCACUGGAACCCUGCGGGUGAUGAGGGUGGCUUUACAUGACCAAGGUCAAUAUGAAUGCCAUGCUAUCAGUGCCAUCGGUGUAAGGAGCCUCCCAGUACAGCUGUCAGUGACCCCCCGAGUGGUACCUGUGUUUCUUCAUCCCCCCCAAGAUGUGGUGGCAGAGACAGGCCAGGAUGUUGCGAUUACCUGUGCAGCCCAAGGAGAUCCACAACCCACCAUAACCUGGAUCAAAGAGGGUAUUCAGAUUACAGAGAGUGGCAAGUUCCACGUAAGCUCGGAUGGGACCCUUUCCAUCCAAGACCUCGGUGUGGCUGAUCAGGGCAGAUACGAGUGUAUAGCAAGAAACCCCUUUGGCUUCACCUCCAGUACUAUGCAGCUCACUAUCACCGCCAUGGAUGUUGGUCGGAGUGGUGACAUGUUUGUAGCCACAUCAAUACGGGAAGCCAUCAGCAGUGUGGACUAUGCCAUUAAUUCAACGCGCACUGAGCUGUUUAGCAAGCGCCCCAAAACUCCCAAUGACCUUCUGGCUCUCUUCCGUUACCCCCGGGACCCCUAUACCAUUGAAACAGCCAGGGCGGGUGAGAUCUUUGAAAGAACCUUGCAGCUGAUUCAAGAACACGUGCAACAAGGUUUAAUUGUGGAUAUGAAUGUCACAGGCUAUCGUUACAAUGAUUUGGUCUCCCCUCACUACCUGAACAUGAUUGCCAAUCUGUCUGGCUGCUCUGCCCAUCGCCGUACACCUAAUUGCUCAGAUAUCUGCUUCCACAAGAAGUACAGGACCCACGAUGGCUCUUGCAACAACCUCCAGCACCCAAUGUGGGGUGCAUCUCUCACAGCCUUCCAGAGACUCCUCAAGCCAGCCUACCAGAAUGGAUUUAACCUCCCCCGGGGAUUUUCUUUGGCAGAAGACUCCAGGGACCUGCCCCUUCCGUUACCCCGCCUUGUCUCCACUGCCAUGAUUGGGACUGAGACCAUCACCCCAGAUGACCAGUUCACUCACAUGCUCAUGCAAUGGGGCCAGUUUCUGGACCACGACAUGGACCAGACAGUGGCAGCCAUUAGCAUGUCUCGUUUCUCAGAUGGGGCACCCUGCAGUGAGGUGUGCAGCAACGACCCUCCUUGCUUCUCUGUCAUGAUUCCUGCAAAUGACCCCCGUGUGAGGAAUGGGCGCUGCAUGUUCUUUGUCCGCUCGAGCCCUGUAUGUGGCAGCGGGAUGACCUCACUGCUGAUGAACUCUGUCUACGCCAGGGAGCAGAUCAACCACUUGACCUCUUACAUUGAUGCCUCUAAUGUUUAUGGCAGCACGGAGCAGGAAUCACAGGAGCUGAGGGAUCGGAGCAACCAGAAUGGAUUACUGAAGCAAGGGCCAGUUGUGCCCAGCUCGGGGAAGCACCUUCUUCCCUUUGCUGUGGGGCCGCCCACUGAAUGCAUGAGAGAUGAGAGUGAGAGCCCCGUGCCAUGCUUCCUAGCAGGAGACCACCGUGCCAAUGAGCAGCUGGGUCUCACAUCCAUGCACACUCUUUGGUUCCGGGAGCACAACCGCAUUGCCAAUGACCUGUCAACCCUCAAUCCCCACUGGGAUGGAGACCUCAUAUAUCACGAGGCACGGAAAAUUGUGGGUGCCCAAAUGCAACAUAUCACCUAUGCCCAGUGGCUCCCCAAGAUCCUUGGGGAAGCUGGAAUGAAGAUGCUGGGCGAGUACAAAGGCUACAACCCCAACAUCAAUGCGGGAAUCCUCAAUGCCUUUGCCACCGCUGCCUUCCGCUUUGGACACACCUUGAUCAACCCCAUCCUGUACCGGCUGAAUGAAACCUUCCAGCCCAUCCGCCAAGGCCACAUCCCCCUGCACAAGGCCUUCUUCUCCCCUUUCAGGAUCAUACAUGAGGGUGGGAUUGACCCCCUCCUCCGCGGGCUCUUUGGGGUGCCUGGGAAAAUGCGGGUACCAUCAGAACUCCUCAACAUGGAGCUGACGGAGAAGCUCUUCUCGAUGGCACACUCAGUCUCACUGGACUUGGCUGCUAUCAACAUCCAGAGAGGGCGAGACCAUGGCAUCCCACCAUACAAUGAUUUUAGGGUCUUCUGCAACCUCUCAUCUGCACAGGAGUUUGAGGACCUCAGAAAUGAGAUAAAGAACUUGGAGAUCAGGGAAAAGCUCAGGAGCUUAUAUGGAACUACCAAAAACAUUGACCUGUUUCCAGCGCUGAUGGUGGAAGAUCUUGUCCCUGGUACCAGAGUUGGACCAACACUGAUGUGUCUGUUAACGACGCAAUUCAGAAGGCUGAGGGAUGGAGAUAGAUUUUGGUACGAGAAUCCUGGGGUCUUCACACCAGCGCAGCUGACUCAGAUCAGACAGACGUCCCUUGCUCGCAUCAUCUGUGACAACAGUGACCACAUUCAGCAGCUCCAGAGAGACGUCUUCCAGGUGGCAUCGUACCCACAGGGCAUGGUUGGUUGCGAAGAGAUUCCGGCGGUGGAUCUCCGCUUGUGGCAGGAUUGUUGUGAGGACUGCCAGACACGUGGACAAUUCAAGGCUCUUUCUCAGCGGUUUCGAAGCAAGAGGUCUCCUGGAUUCAGCUACCCAGAAGAAAACCCUUCCAAGCACAAGCCUGCAUUUUCCAGAAAUGAGGUGCCUUCUCCAAGCCUUCCCUCCAGAGAGAAUCUUGAGUCCCUUGUGGCUGAACUAGAGAAGACUGUUGCUUCCCUACAGAAACAGGUAAACAUACUAGAGAGCCAGCUGAGGUGGCACCACAGGAACACUAGCGCUUUUGGACAAGGGAAGAGGACUGGAGACAAAUGGAGAAAGAGAUGACCGUGUUGCCUGCUCAUAUAAGGUGCCCCGUGACCUGCACUCUUGCUCUCCACUGGCCAGUCCAAUUCACUCCUAAUGGGCUCCGAAACAGCAACCUGCAAGGCCCAGCGAUGCUCUGACUCCUCUCACACCUCCUGUAUGUCUCCCUGUCCCAGGACGACUGUAUUUCUACUUGUACCGAACCCUCUGCACUGACUGUUUAUGAGCCCCCUCAGCCCCCGGACUGUUUCAACGCUUGUCAACCUCCUGGGAAUAGGCUCUCCCACUGCACUGCCCCAUUUAAUGGUGACAGACUAGCAGUCUGCCGAGAUGUCGCUUUCUACUGUAGUCGCCAGCACAGGAAAUGGAGGAUAAUUGGAACUCCUUUAGUGGCACCAUUCUGGCUUUCUCUCUUUCCCAUGCAAUGCUGUCAUCAUCCACUAUCUCUUGUCUGCAAUGUCCCGUGGCACCCAGGCUAAACAAUUUAUUAUGCGGCAAAAUCUUUCUCAGAUAAGCUAUCUCUAAGCUUUGGUGCCAGGAAGACCCUGGAGAAAUCCUACUGUGACUGAAAAAAAUUAAGCAAACAUAAAACCCUAAACAAACCCCUAGCCAUCCUCAUAUGCAAGCAGAAAGAGCAAGAACAACUUCAGGGCCCUGGAAAGCGCUGUAGGCUGGCCUUGCAGUUCAUGCCAGCAGCAACAAGAUGAACCCAAGGCCCAGAGGAUCUCCCGGCUGUUUGGGUGCCUCCGAACGGGAUGCCAGAAACAGAAGAGCAUGGUGACCCACAGUGCUGAGAUCAGCUACGGUGCUUUGCCAAUCAUUUGAUAAUGAGUGGAGCAUCCUCAAUUAUAUUACUGUGUGCGUGAAUCUACCGUUACGUGCUCAGUGCUAAGAAGCAUUUUCCUAAACAUGAACUGCGUUCUCCAAGUUUCUACGCUUUAGAGUUUUUUAAUUGGAUUUAUGUUUCUCUCCUUCUUUCUCCCAAAAGGCUCAUUGCUGGAAGAUGUAUUUAGAGUGUGAACAUAACAGGACCUGAGACAGAACCUCAGAUAAUUAAAUGUAAUGGGCGCUCUCAUUAAUGGAGGGAAGCUGCUGGUUUCCAUCAAUUAGUACGGGAGAACACUAUGUGCAGUAUUUGACACUGAUGAAUGCAAAGCACUGUUUGUGUUUAUUGCUCCCAGGUGCUCUGCAACUAAACCAGGACUAUGUAACCAGCUUUGCUGAAUAGAUGUUAUGGUUUUGUUGCUCUUUGGAGGUGCUUUUUAGUGGUGCUAGAACCAAAGUCCCUGUGAAUCUACCAUAGCCCAAAAUCUUUGGACAGAUUGGUUUUUAAUACAUCAAUGCAAGCCAGUCGCAGGGACUAAGAGAAAUACUUGAUCCAUUAUACUAUGCCUUCCUUUCUUUUUUGCUUCCUCUUCCUGUUUCCUCUCUCCUUCCUUCCCACAGUGCAAGGAUCCAGAAUUUUUAUGAGCAUGCCUUUUCUUUCCUCUUCCUCCUUUUUUCUUUUUCCCAGAUGUGUUAUAGUUCCAAAGGGAUUCAAAGCAGCAGGGAUACUCCUGGAACUUAAUAGGAAAAU